AUGAAAUUCUGCUGCUUCAUCACUUCUAUAAUAUUCUUAGCGAUUGCAGGAUUUUCCUUCUCCUUGUCGACCGAAGAUCAACAAAACCUUAUCAACCAUCUAAAUGAUUUCCGUUCCAAGUUUGCUGCAUCUGCUCAGAUCUCUAACAUGUACCAAUUAGAAUACAACAAAAUCCGUGAGAACGAAGCCAAGAACUACUCGAAAUCCUGCCCCUUCCCUGACGACCUGAAAGACCAACCCCACUAUGCAGUACUCGAUAAAAAAUAUGUGAAGAACUUCCUGAAAUAUUCUCAAAAUCAUGGAAAGGAAAUCAAUGGAACCGACAAGUUUUUCGGUGCGGAGGACUAUUUUUCAUACGUUCUCCGACCACUUUACAUGGAAGUCGGAUGUGCAGAACUACCCAAGCCAUGCAAACUAGAAGCGAAGGCAGGUGGAAUUCAGAAUAUCACAGUGAAGACACUUUGUAUAUUUGGGCCAUAUAUGGAGCCUGCAGAUUUGGAUAGACUCUACGGGAAGCCUGGAUCUGGUUGUGUGUAUGGAAAGGCGGAGAAUGGGUUGUGUAAGAAGGCGAUUGUUUUGGAGGCUACGGAAGAAUAA